AUGCGGAAGUUGCGUUUCACAACUAGGCACCAGGAUCCCGGCGUGACAUUCACCGGGCAAUCAGCAGAGUCGGGGUCGAGCAGAAGCAGGAUAACAACCACCCGGUCUGGACUCCACCGAACUGCCUUCAAAAUGAGGGUACUGAAAGCGGGUCUGUGUUUGACUAGGAAUCAUCUGUUAGCACCGGGGAGCGUCACACUGAAAAAGGUGCUUAUUAACAGCUGUCGGACUUGCUCCUCUGAGAUCUUCCCCAACGAGAGAAUCCGCAAUAUCGGCAUCUCCGCUCACAUCGACUCGGGGAAGACCACCCUUACCGAGAGGGUUCUCUACUACACGGGCAGGAUAGCAGAGAUUCAUGAGGUGAAAGGGAAGGAUGGUGUUGGGGCCACUAUGGACUCCAUGGAGCUGGAGAGACAGAGAGGCAUCACCAUCCAGUCAGCAGCUACAUACACUAUGUGGAAGAACCACAACAUCAACAUCAUUGACACUCCAGGUCAUGUGGAUUUUACCAUUGAGGUGGAGCGGGCUUUGCGAGUGCUGGACGGAGCAGUGCUAGUCCUGUGUGCAGUAGGAGGUGUCCAGUGUCAGACCAUGACCGUCAACAGACAGAUGAAGCGCUACAACGUCCCCUUCCUAACCUUCAUCAACAAGCUCGACCGAAUGGGAGCCAACCCCAGCCGGGCGCUGCAGCAAAUGAGAUCUAAACUGAACCACAACGUAGCCUUUAUGAACAUCCCGAUGGGCCUGGAGGGAAACAUGGGCGGCAUCAUUGACCUGGUAGAGGAGCGGAGCAUGUACUUUGAAGGACCGUUUGGUCAAAGCAUCCGCUAUGACGAGAUUCCAGCAGAUUUCCGUGCAGAAGCUGCAGACCGCAGGCAGGAGCUGGUGGAGUGUGUCGCUAACGCUGAUGAAACCUUGGGGGAGAUGUUCCUGGAAGAGAAGGUUCCUACCAAGAAGGAUCUGAAGGCUGCCAUCCGCAGAGCCACAGUACAGCGCCUCUUCAGCCCAGUGUUGGUGGGCACAGCGCUGAAGAACAAAGGCGUCCAGCCUCUCCUGGACGCUGUCCUGGAUUACCUGCCGAACCCCAGUGAAGUCAAAAAUUACGCAAUCCUCAAUGAAGAUGAUUCAGCAGAUAGGUCAAAGAUUGAAAUGGACCCGACCAGAGAUUCCUUGAACCCUUACGUUGGUCUGGCCUUUAAACUAGAGGCCGGGAGGUUCGGUCAGCUGACCUACAUCCGGGUUUAUCAGGGCUGUCUGAAGAAAGGUGAAUACAUCUACAACACGCGCACGGGAAAAAAAGUCAGAGUUCAGAGGCUUGUGCGGCUCCACGCCGAUCAGAUGGAGGACGUGGAUGAGGUUUAUGCAGGAGAUAUCUGCGCUCUGUUUGGGAUCGACUGUGCUAGCGGGGACACCUUUACAUCCAAGACGAGCGCUAACCUCUCCAUGGAGUCCAUUCACGUCCCAGAGCCCGUCAUUUCCAUGGCUAUCAGGCCAUCCAAUAAGAAUGACUUGGAUAAAUUCUCCAAAGGCAUCAACCGUUUCACCAGAGAGGACCCCACCUUCAGAGUGCAAUAUGACACAGAGAGCAAAGAAACCAUCAUCUCAGGCAUGGGCGAGCUGCAUCUUGAAAUCUACUCCCAGAGGAUGGAGAGAGAGUACAACUGUCCCUGCGUGAUGGGGAAACCGAAAGUGGCGUUCAGAGAGACCAUCAGCAGUCCUGUACCGUUUGACUUCACCCAUAAGAAGCAGAGCGGCGGCUCCGGGCAGUACGGUAAAGUUAUCGGGGUCCUGGAGCCUCUGGAGCCAGAAGACUACACCAAGCUGGAGUUUGAAGAUCAGACUGUUGGAACAAAUGUCCCGAAGCAGUUUGUGCCGGCUGUUGAAAAGGGGUUCAGGGAGGCUUGUGAGAAGGGACCACUUAGUGGACACAAGAUCUCAGGAGUCAGAUUCCUUCUGGAAGACGGAGCUAAUCACAUGGUUGACUCCAAUGAAAUGUCCUUCAUUCGUGCAGGAGAGGGUGCUCUGAAACAAGCGAUGGAAAAGGCCAAUGCGGUUAUCCUGGAGCCAAUCAUGUCUGUGGAGGUCGUUGCACCUCAGGAGUUUCAAGGAGCAGUCAUUGCUGGGGUAAACCGGCGCCACGGCGUCAUCACAGGCCAGGAUGGAGCCGAGGGAUACUUCACUUUGUAUGCUGAUGUUCCUCUGAACGACAUGUUUGGCUACUCUACAGAGCUGCGCUCCUGUACUGAGGGGAAAGGAGAGUAUACCAUGGACUACAGCAGAUAUCAGCCCUGUCUGCCAGCAACGCAAGAGGAACUUGUCAACAAAUACUUGGAGGCCACAGGACAGCUGCCUGCAAAGAAGAACAAGUGGAAGAGCUGAACUGCUCCCUCACUUGUUUAUUGUUGGACUACAAUCAGAACAAUGCUUAAAGGGACAAACAAAACAUUCAUAUUUAAUUUCUUUAUGGUUUUAACCUUCAACCCACCUCGUCCAAAUCUUGCAGAAAACAGGUUUUGAUUGUUUUAGCACCAUCUGAACUCAACACACUGCAAGCAGUACUCCAGCAUCUGUAGUUACUGAAAGCUGAGUGUUUUCACUCAAGCUUAGAUUGGUUUUUGUACUAUGUACAGAAUGAUCCUGAUCUAAUAAUGACAGCAACAAAUAUAUGCUUCUUCUAAGGUG